ACAGGAAGUCAUCAUCACUUCCACUGUGACCAUGUGACUCUUAACAUUAUUUAAAGGUCCUAGUCACGAAAUGGAAGGAUGCUAUCCUCCCCAAGAUGGUGCUACUGUGGAGGGCUUGUUGUUUGGUCCACUGCUUAACGUUGUGUUCUUUAGCAGUACAUUCCAUGAAUGUCUCUGAGAAAUGCACGCAGGACACCAGGACUUUUCUCUCAGAGCUAAACAAGGACCUGCCCAGUGAAUAUGCUGCUUUAAUGUAUGAUGCCUUUGGGAAAAUGGGUAGUGAUGUGGUGGGGGGCAACGUGAACAGGCCUGGGUCUCUCCAGGAGUGUCUGUCCGUCCAGGGACCCUCCUUUACUGGACAGUACUGCCAGGUCUUCCUCAAACAAGACCCAAUCCAGUACUUUGUUGGAAUAUGUGUUCCUGAUUCCUGUGUGGAAGAAGAGGUUCAGACACUAGUUGUUUACGAGACCUUCCAGCUGGCCAGGACCUCCCUGAUCCCUCCAGUACCGUCCAUCCUACUGGCCCAGUCCACUCAGGGCCUGUUCAUGACCCAGUGUCUGUCUCGUACUGGUGCUCCAGACCUGUCUGCUGUCACCUGCCUGUUUGUGUGUUGUGCGUUGGUGGCCGUCCCCUUGACUGCAACCCUGUUCGUGGCCAUAGUGAGAUGGCAGAGAAACAGAGAGGUCGGCCCUGGAGUGGAGUCUUCUUCUCUGAAAACCAGGGACCCAAACCUCUAUGGGACACUGAUGUCUAACGGCACGUCCAGUGUUAGAGCCAGUAACAACAGCUGCUCUGGACAACUGGACAGCCAGAUGGAGCACUACACAGAGGAUGAAGUAGAGGAGGAGGAAGUGGAGGAGGAGGGGGGCAGUAAGAAGAGCAAGUACAACAUGUUUUAGAAUAGUCUGCACCGC